CUGAUGCAACUUUUCUAAAAUAUGAUGUUCCUGGUAGUUCAACCAAUGACUACGAGACUGAAAUUUCUAUGGAAAAUAAUCUAAGUAAUUUAAAAACUUAUUCAAAACGUAAUUCUAAUAGAAGUACAACUAAUGAUCACAAGAAAGGAAUUGAUAAGGUAAAUAAUGCUCAAAAUAAAAAUAUAACAUCGCCAAAUGUAACUACUCCAGAACAUGAUACGCUUGGAAAUUCAACUAAUGAUCACAAAAAAGGAAUUGAUAAGGUAAAUAAUGUUCAAAAUAAAAAAAUAACAUCAUUAGAUGUUACUUCUCCAGAACUUGAUACUCUUGGAAAUUCAACUAAUGAUCAUAAGAAAGGAAUUGAUACGGUAAAUAAUACUCAAAAUAAAAAUAUAACAUCACCAAAUGUAACUACUCCAAAACAUGAUACGCUUGGAAAUUCAACUAAUGAUCACAAAAAAGGAAUUGAUAAGGUAAAUAAUGUUCAAAAUAAAAAAAUAACAUCAUUAGAUGUUACUUCUCCAGAACUUGAUACUCUUGGAAAUUCAACUAAUGAUCAUAAGAAAGGAAUUGUUACGGUAAAUAAUACUCAAAAUAAAAAUAUAACAUCGCCAAAUGUAACUACUCCAAAACAUGGUACUCUUGGAAAUUUAACUAAUGUACACAAGAAAGUAAUUGAUAAGGAAAAUAAUCUUAGAAAAACUUAUCCAAAACGUAAUUCUACUAGAAGUACAAUUUAUGAUCACAAGAAAGGAAUUGAUAAGGUAAAUAAUGCUCAAAAUAAAAUAAUAACAUCGCCUGAUACAACUUUUCUAAAACAUGAUGUUCCUGGUAGUUCAACCAAUGAAUACGAGACUGAAAUUUCUAUGGAAAAUAAUCUAAAUAAUUUAAAAACUUAUUCAAAACGUAAUUCUAUUAGAAGUAGAACUAAUGAUCACAAGAAAGGAAUUGAUAAGGUAAAUAAUGCUCAAAAUAAAACAAUAUCAUCGCCAGAUGCAACUUUUCUAAAACAUGAUGUACCCGGUAGUUCAAUCAAUGAAUACGAGCCAGAAAUUUCUAAGGAGAGUAAUCUAAGAAAAAUAAAAACUUAUCCAAAACAUAAUUCUACUAGAAGUACAACUAAUGAUCACAAGAAAGGAAUUGAUAAGGUAAAUAAUGUUCAAAAUAAAAAAUCAACAUCACCAGAUGUAACUUUUCCGAAACAUGAUACUCUUGGAAAUUCAACUAAUAAUCACAAGAAAGAAAUUGAUGAG